GUUUCUGACAAAAGAAAGUGUUUCUUCGCUCCGUCGCAGAGGUUUCGGAGGGACUCGGGGGUGCGGAGCUCAUGGAGGAGCCUGCGGACUCUCCGGGCCCCUCGGCGCCGGUGACGGAGGUCCGCUGCUCGGCCGCUCGUCCCCUCCGGCUGCUCGAGUGGAAGGUGAAGCCGGGCUCGCUGGUGAACGUGGACUCGGUUCUGGCGCUGUGCGUCCCGGUGGCAGCAGAGCGGGAGGCCGGAGCCGAGCUGGAGACGCCGAUGCCGGGGAGACAGCCGGAGAAGAGGGUCAAGUCGGACCGCGCCGGGGUGGUGCGGGAGCUUUGCUGUCAGCUGGGGCAGGUGGUCCCCCCGGGGGGUGUUUUAGUGCGACUGGAGGAAUGCAGCCAUCCCAUUGUGAUGAAGGGUCUGUGUGCUGAAUGUGGACAGGACUUGACCCAGCUGCAGAGUAAGAAUGGCAAACAGCAAGCGCCUGUCUCCACAGCGACUGUGUCCAUGGUGCACAGCGUCCCAGAACUGAUGGUCAGCUCAGAGCAAGCCGAGCAGCUGGGGAGGGAGGACCAGCAGCGGCUGCACCGGAACCGCAAGCUGGUGCUCAUGGUGGACCUGGACCAGACACUGAUCCACACCACAGAGCAGCAUUGCCAGCACAUGUCCAACAAGGGGAUCUUCCACUUCCAGCUGGGCCGAGGGGAGCCCAUGCUACACACACGCUUGCGCCCCCAUUGCAAGGACUUCCUGGAGAAGAUCGCCAAGCUCUAUGAACUGCACGUGUUCACCUUCGGCAGCCGCCUGUAUGCACACACCAUCGCAGGCUUUUUAGAUCCUGAGAAGAAGCUCUUCUCUCAUCGGAUUCUAUCAAGGGACGAGUGCAUUGACCCCUUCUCCAAAACAGGGAACCUCAGGAAUUUGUUUCCCUGUGGUGACUCUAUGGUUUGCAUCAUUGAUGACCGAGAGGACGUCUGGAAAUUUGCACCAAACCUUAUCACAGUGAAGAAAUACACCUAUUUCCAGGGAACGGGAGACAUCAAUGCUCCACCUGGCUCGCGGGAAGCUCAGAUGGCGAAGAGAGCUAACCACAUGAGCAAGCCAGCAGAGAGCCUAGACAACACACCGCUGCCUGUGGCACCCGAGGAGCAGAGCAAUGGCAUUCGCAAGCGGGGAAAGGAGCGGCCUGUAGGACGGGGUACGACGGAACAUGAGGAAAGGGGGAUCACGGGUAGGGGAGGCGAGGGCCUCAGCUCUCAAGAAGAGCCUGACGAACGGACUCACUCUUUUGGGGAAGGGGCAGAAACCCUGCGGAUUAGCAGUGGCCCAAGUGCUACAGAUGCGGAGGAUGGUGGUGCAGCAGAGGCAACUGUAGACACGCCCACCAGGGGUACAACCUCCAGUGACAGGACCAGCAACGACUUAGAGUUUGACCUGUCCAGCGACAGUGAGAGUGAUGUGGCCUUGGCGAACCCCUCGUCUUCAGACAGUGAGGUGGAGGGGACUCGUACUUGGAGGAAGAAGCAGGAGGCUGGAGGGGUGGAGCUGACAAGUGAGACGGAGCCUGCUAGAGAAGCGGAGCUGGUUGCUACGGAAGACCAGGUGGAGGGAGAGAAACACCCAGGAGAGGAUGGCAUUUCAGAACAGGAGGGCCUCCGGGAGCUGGACAACGGCUGUUUAGAUAAAAAAGAGGCGGAGACGGAGUCGCAGAACAGUGAGCAAUCAGGAGUGACUAUGGGGGAGGAGUCUUUAGACCAGAGCAUUGAGGAGGAGGAUGAAGGAGAGGAGCCUGACCUCGACCAGGAUGAUCACUUGAUCUACCUUGAGGAAGUUCUGACACGAAUUCACAGCGAGUAUUUCACCCGAUACGAGGCCUUCCUGAAGAAGGAAAGCCCCGAGAUGCCCGACAUCCGGAAGAUUGUUCCUGAGCUCAAGAGCAGGUCCCUGGGGGGCACCACGAUCGUGUUCAGCGGUCUGUACCCCACCAAUUACCCCAUGGAGAGAACCCGAGAGUUCUACCAUGCCAACGCACUAGGAGCCAAAAUCCAGAGGAACCUUCUCCUGAACCCCAAAGACCCAGAUCACACAACCCACCUCAUUGCAGCCCGAGCUGGCACUGAAAAGGUGCGUCAAGCUCAGGGCUGUCGACACCUGCACGUGGUGAACCCUGACUGGCUGUGGGCAUGCCUGGAGCGCUGGGAACAUGUCGAAGAGCGGCUCUUCCCCCUCAAGGAGGACUAUGCCAAAGCGCAGAGAAGCAGCAGUCCAGCCACGUUCCCAGAUCUCCAAGGUCCCUCCCACUCAGCUGUUUUCCAGCCGAUGCCAGCCCAACCAAAGCCCCCUCCAGCCCCGGAAGUACGGACAUACAACCCCAUCACGGGCAAGCUGAUCCGGAGAGGUCCGCAGGGCCCCCGCCAGCCCUCCUACAUCCAGGCCCCCACACAGGAAGGGCAGUCCUCAUUCAGGGUGGUGCAGCAGCCUACCCAGCAGGAGCGGGUCCCCUCCAGCCAGGACGAGGAACAGCCAGGCCCCUCGCGGAGGAAGCGACAGCCAAGCAUGUCGGAGACGAUGCCCCUCUACACGCUGUGCAAGGAGGACCUGGAGAGCAUGGACAAGGAGGUGGACGACAUCCUGGGGGAGGAAAGUGAUAAUGAGAGCGACGGAGGGAGGAAAGAGGAGAAGAUGGAGGAUGAGGGCAUAGCUGAAGAAGAGGAGGAAGAGCGGCCAGCGGUAAGCCAGCUGAAGGCGUUGGAGACAGACGUACGGGAGGAGGCAAAGGUGGCCGCCCAAGAAGAAACUGGCUCGACAGGAAGUGCUCCCAGGGGUCACAAACGGAAGUUGGAGGACAUCAAGGAUGAUGAUAAUGAAGAUGGCAGCAAUGAUGGAGGCGCCGACACAAUCAGCGAGUCCAGCAGGGAGUCCAAUGAGGACGAGGAGGGCAGCAGCUCGGAGGCAGAUGAAAUGGCUGCUGCCCUGGAGGCUGAACUGAAUGACUUCAUGUGACGUAGUCUAACGGCGAAUGGGAUGGGGGUGACCCCCAGUCUGAGAUCGAUCCUUGGACCCCCCUGGGUGCCACCUGACUGGACACAGUUGUGUGUCAGCACCAGAGUUUGCAGGAAUGUGGAAAUGGGUAUCAUAUAUGUCCCAGCUUUGAGAGCAAUUAGAGCAGUGCAGAGUCAGGGAUGUAUAAAAAGUCAUGCAGCUAGAAUAGAGGAUUUUAGGGGUAAUAAUGAGACAUGAUGGUGUUAAUGUUUUACUGUGUAAUAAAGUAGAGGGGGCUUUGUGGGUUUGUUUUAUUUGUGUCAUUUUGAUGGUUAUGGUUUUUAUAUUAAUGGAAAAAAAAUCAAUUGGUCAUACAUGCCAAAGAGUUUAAAUGGGCACAUCUGAGCCUAAAGACACAGUGACAUAUUUUUAGUGACUUUGUUUUCUCGUUUUGGAUUCUCCUUCACCUCUCCUGUUUUUAAACACUCAACUUUACCAGCAGUAAACUCAGACUCCUGAAUGUGUUGAAUAAGAAUUUUUCUGUCCUCUAAUUCAGUCGAACCACAAGAGCCUCAGCUGGAAGUAGAAGUGGAACGGAGCGAUGGGAAUAAGAGUCAAGAACACCACAGUGGAGGGCUCUUUGCCAGAUUAGACCAAGAGUGGCCUGCUUGGCAGCAGAAAUCCACAGCAUGGUAACUUGAAAGACCUUGGCAGGUAUUUCACGUGUGUUGGUUUUACAGCAGCACCGAUCUGUCUAGUGGUCCGCUUAGCGUGGCCUUCUGAAACAUUUUGAGUUUUCAACAGUUCAAGUUCUGUGGAUGGCUGGAGGUGCAGAGUUCAAGGUGGAAUAGCAAACUGUACUGCUGUAACGCUUGGCAUCUGGGGCACGUUUUUGCGCAGCCAUACUGUCCAUGUGCUGUGGUCUCCACCAGCCGCCCACGUGUUCUGUUCGACCUUCCUCUUUUCUGCUGUUUUUUUUGUGCUGUGUUUAUUUUUAAUGAAAGGACUAAUGUGAAGUUUUUGUAUAUUCUAUUUCAUAUUUGA